GAUUUUGGAUCCUAUUACCGGUACGUAACGAGUAACUGGUACUGUACGUACCGUACGUAAUAGAAGUACAUACCAGAACCAAAGAGCGUCGCCAAAACUCGCGCUGUUCGCAUGAAUUAAAUUUAAAGAGAAAACAACAACAUGAACAAACAGCACUGGUGUUGUAGGAUCAAUGCCGAUUGUUACCUUAGUCCAUCAAAACCAUAAUUAUUCGAGGAAAAUCUAGCCGCAAAAGAUUAACCUACCAUGUCUAGAUCUGCUCUAUGGCGCCAAGAAGGCGCAAAGAAAAUGCGGGAGAAGCAAGCUGAGGAUCUGUUUGUGAUGGCUGUGGAGGAAGGUAGGGUAAGAAUUAUUUAAUCGUGAAAAUGUAUCGUUGAUCUCGAUGCUUCCGGCUCAUUUCGAAGUCUUUUCUUAUACGAUUAUCUUCGUCUGUAGAACAAUMGAUCGAAAAGCCUCCCACUCUGGGGACCCGAUGACUCCUUUCACUUCAAUCCGGUCCUGUUGGAAAAGACCAUAAAAUCGCAGUAUUUUCAAAAGUGUUGCAGAGAUAUCACAGAUUGGAACAAACUUGUGGAUGAAAUAUAUUACCAGGUGAAGGAUCUGGAACCAUGGACACUGGGUAAGUGAAUCAAGKCAUAYGGCAAAAAAUGGCGGGAGUGGCGAUGCAGAGGCACGAAUGAUUCUAAAAGCUUGGUCCUGAAAAAUCUUACCAAAGCAUACGAGAUUCUAAACUAAUUCACCCGGUCUUUUGGGAUGAGUCGACUAUUCUGCUAUGGCCAUGUCUCGAGAUUUGGUGUUUCUAACCGCCAUUCGUGUGAAUCCUGCACUGAAGAAACUGUCGGACCGGUAUAAACCGUAAGAAGUGUUGCCAUGCAGUGAACAAUGCUCCAAGCUUUAACGAAGGAUCAUAUUCAACUUUGUUACUCACGCGUGAACCUUCUUCGAACUUUUCUCUUCAUAGGAGGUCAGCCAUCUACUGCUUUUUGUUUGCUCCUUCGUCUUUUGACUUUGAGGUGUUCCGAAAAACAGAUGAAGCUCCUCUUGGACCAUGUYGAUAGUCCAUAUAUCCGUGGGGUUGGAUUUUUAUAC